AUGCUGAAGACCCUUCACCUCCAAACACAACCGGACUUCUCAAAAUCCUCUCUUUGCCUCUUCAACCCCAUUGUUACAACAAACACAUCGAUUCAAAACGCCAUCUUUGUACCAAAAUCUCCCGUUUUUAGCGUUUCACUUUCACUCUGCCAUGAAAUCCAGAUCCAAAAACAGAUUGUAUGUGCAAGGAAGAAUAAAAGGCGAGCUGGGUCUCUAAGAUUACCAAGAUUGUUGCGCCAAUUGAUGCCCGUUGUCGUGUCUAACCUCAAGAUACUGCCUCAGCCGCUCGAUCUGGUUAUCGAAGAAAUUUGCAGUGGAGAUGGCAAUGGAGGGGGUUUGGGAAUUUGGAAGGGUUUUGGAGGAGGAGGAGGCUUUGAUGGGUUCGGAAGGAAAAGAAACAGAAAGUUGUUCUUGUUGUUUCUGUUGUAUGGGAUUUUGGUGAUUUCUGGUUUGGGGUUGUUGUUUGGAAGCGAGGUGGAAAGCAAUGUGCUUUGCUGCGGUUUGGGUUUUGGCCUUUCUGGGGUUGCUAUGGUUCAGUGGUGGGAGAAGAUAGGUAUUUUUGCAGUCUUUUUUGGGGGUGUGUUGGUGGGUUUUGGGUUUAAGAGAGAGGAAUUGAAAAAAUGGGGUUUGAAGCUUAGGGCUUGCUAUCCAAUAAUAGAGACUCUAACAUGGAGAACAAGAAGAAGAAGAAGAAGAAGUGGAAGAAGAGCAUUCUAA